UAUAGAAGUAUCGAUGGGAAACAUUUCAAAUUAAAUGUUGUCAUUCAAUACACAGGCCAACUUUUGUGUCUAAACGAUAAUAAAAUUGGGGCACCUAAGCUGGCCCAAGCUACAGCUAGGUCUUACUAACUUCGGGUCGGGUCAACGGAAUUCUUGUGACCCAUUUGAAGUCAAUAGCGUUCUCCUCCACAAGAUAAAGCAGAUGAUAAGGCCAUCAUAUCUUCUAGUUCCUCAUUCACUUCUCCUGUUCGGUUUCGAAAAAUCAUCCAUUCGCAUUCGUAACCUCUUAAUUCAAUAGCCAGGUCCAAAAAACCCUCUCAAUUCAAUAUCGAUCCAAAAAAAAAAAAGAAAAGGAAAGGAAAAUAAUUAGAAAGCGAUGAUGAUUUCGGUGCAACCCUGUCAUAAGACUCGCCUUCCGUCAGCGUCGGCGUGCCUCUUCGAAACCUCAAAGCUCCACAACAACGAGAGGAAGCCAGAAACGACGUCGUCAAGGAGGAGGUUGUUAGUUUGCCAAAGCAACCAAAGGAAAGUGAAAUGCAGAAGCAGUAGUAAUGGAGGAGAGGGAGACAAGAAGAGCGAGAGACGGUCGUUUUUGACUCUGGAGGAAGCUGGUUUGGUGGAGAUUUCUGGACUCAGUUCUCACGAACGCUUUCUUUGCCGUCUAACAAUAUCUUCCUUAAAUCUGCUGAGAGUGAUAUCUGAGCAAGAAGGGUGUUCAAUCGAGGAGCUUAAUGCUGGGAGGGUAUGUGAUUGGUUUGUCAAAGACAAGCUGAAAAGAGAGCAGAACAUUGAAUCUGCUGUGCUUCAAUGGGAUGAUUCUGAGUUUCAAAUUUAAUUAAUCAUAGUCAUGAUUUUGAUUUCGCAAGCUCUUUAUAGGAGGAAUACAAUUUGCAAAAUUCAAUUUAACAAUCCAUCAAUGUUAGAUUUUAAUACACACAUAUAUAUUUAUAUAUAUAGAGAGAUCUGAAUUGAGAUUUAUUUUUUUUAAUAUGCAAUUGCUCAUAGGGAUAGAUGAUUGUGCUGGAUUAAAUACUUACUAAAUUGGUUAUCCCGUGCUUCGC